AUGAGGAUUUCAAUCUCCAUUGUGUUGCUUUUUGUGAGCUCAGCAUUGUUGUUCAAUGUAGGGUUUGGGAGGCAUAACCCUCCCUAUGUCACCCAAUUCCUUCAUGAUCGUGCUGCACAUGCACAUCCAAAGACAGAUUCACAUGCGGCACAUCCAAAGGCAGUCUCACGACUUUGGUUCUACUUUGGGCAGCCUUUGACGCCAUCGCCACCACAAGUUCCGGCACCGCCGACAUGGAAGCCACCAACUCAAGAAGAUUAUGAAAAAUGUUGGUCACCACUAACUGACAUCGACAGAUUAGUGGGAGACCUGAUUUCUGCCUUUUUUGCUGGCGAUUAUAGUCGCAUUGGACCAGAUUGUUGCGCUGCCAUCGAUGGAAUUGAUCAGAAUUGUUUUGGCUUGAUGUUAGACCAGUUCAACAAUAGAUUUUAUGUUCCAGCAGUCAGACAAAGUUGCGCUGAUCAACGCUCUCCACCCAAGGCGCCUUCCAAAGCUUAA